AGGAUUCGAACCCCAGCCCCUGCACAUAUUGUGCAUUAUCCCUUACCAAAUGAGCUAAGCUCAUGGGACGAGCUGAAGACUAUUAAUUAGCGAUAGAGAGAACCAAUUAUACAUUUUUUUUUUAUUUAUCUAACCAAAAACUUAUCUAUGAUAUUUAUAAUAACCAUAAACUUUUAUUUUUGAAGGAUAAUAACAAAAAUAAAACAAUUUUAGUAGAAUUACAAUUUUAAUGAAAAUUUGGCGGUAUUGUUUAGCGCUAAAAUAAUUUUGGUUGAGCACUUUCUCUUGACUCUUGAGUAACUGAUACCCAUUAUCUCCUCCUACUCCAAUAAUACACCCACUAUCAUUUUUUGAGUAAAAGCAAGAAACUCUGCACAAUGGAAUUAACAAGAAAGACCGAGCAAAGCUAAAGUAUUUUGCAGAUUCAUAUCUCUUUCAAUUAGGCUUGCAAUUAUGGCACCCCCAAAUCAUGAUUCAGAGAUACAACUUCCAAAUUCUUCAAAUAACAAUAUAAGUCAACAUCAAGAAGAAUGUUCUAAUGCACACAAAGUUGGAAGAGGAAGAACUGUUGGCUUAAGUGUUGCAAAAAAGAAAAAGAAGAGCGCUACUGGAAAAUUGCAUGAUGUUAUUCCGACAGAUAAAAUGGUAGCUGUUGGAUCAGGAGCUGCUAAUUUUGUGACUGAGAUCUCUAUCGUUGUCUUAAAAAAUGCACCUUUUAAUGUCAAGAAAUGGAGAAAAAUUCCACAAGAGACAGAAAACAAGAUAGUAUCAAAAGUUUUGGAUACUUUUGAUAUUGAUAAUACAAAGCAUAACAGAGAUGUUAUUAUUGAUACUGCUAAAAGACUAUAUCGAAAUCAUAGAUGUAGAUUUCGUAAACACUUUAGCCAAUACAAGACAAAUGAGAUAGCCUUGGAACAUAAACCAGAUGAUUUAAGUGACGAAGAUUGGAAGUACUUGGUAGAUUAUUUUUCAAGUCCUGAAUUCAAGGAAAUUAGUUACAGGAACAAAUCAAAUAAAUCUAAACAAGUUAUAAAUCAUAGAUGUGGAAGGAAGUCAUUUCAAGCCGUUAGCUAUGAUGCGAGAGAUCCUGAAACCAAAAAGGAGCCCAACUAUAAGGAUUUAUGGAGAAUGACUCGCACAAACAGCAAUGGAGAUGGAUAAAUGAUGCUUCUAAGGAAGUUCAUACGAAGGUUGAAGAAACUUCUUCAGUUUACUUACAAGCUGGAUAUGGGGACACUGAUAAAGAUGUCAUUGCGAAUAUUGCUUUUGAAUCAGUUGUGGGAGGGCGAUUGGGAUAUUGUCGUGGCUUAGGAGCUGGAAUUAAACCCCUAAAGGGAAAGUCUGUCACAGGUUUGCAAGAACAAUUAGAAAAGGAGUGUGAAAAAAGACAAGGUUUAGAGAUGAAGUUAAAAGAAGUAGAGACUCAACUCGAAAAGGAGCGAAACAUGAGGGAAGAAAUGACGGCAAAAUUUGAAGAGAGUCUAAGGCAACUAGGAGAAAAGAUGGAGAAACAAGUUGAGGAAAAAAUGGCAAAUAUGUUUAGUCAAAUGAUGAAUUUCUAAGGUAUCGGUGGACAAUUUUGUAGUGCACUUAAUAUAAUGUCCGAGCGUGCUCACAAGGAUAAUAACACCACUUCAGAGAAAUUGUCAAGUAAGGAUGAUUCAACUGCUUCACAAAGAAAGAUUCAAACAAAAGCUACAAAAAAGAAUAAUUAAUGUUGUUGCUUGCUGGAGCCACAAUUUUAUUUGUUAGUUUUUGGAAUUUUUAGUUUUCCUUUUCUAUGAGAAAACCAUUUAAGAUUAUUAGCUUUUUUGUGUUAAGAAGGAUAAUUUAUGGCAUUUUAUAUUUUUAAUGUUAUAGUACUUUGCAUCUACAUUAAACUUGUCCAUUUUUUUACAUUAAAAAGAUUGUGACUUAUAUUCUAAUGUAAUUUACUUUUGAAUAGUUAUGACAAUUUACAUUACAAAUAUAA